GUUUUUUUGGAAGAUGGACCUGCUAAGUUUGUGAGUAGCUAAAAGGUGUCUCGCCAUACUAAUGACUGCAUUUUCACAAAUCUGAAACCAUUCGACGAUACGAUUUGAAUACGUUAUCUUGGUGUUAAUCUCGCUAUUUUUGUUAUAGUUUAAAGACCUGUUCGCAACGUACCGCCAAUUCUACAAGAAGACCAACGGCUUGUUAUCAAAGCUGAGGAAACUGUUUUCCUUCUUUGGCUUAAUGAGAAAGCCGAUAUGGAUGCAGCGUUGAAAGAAAAACUGGCGCAUUCAUAGCAGUUCCAAAACUCGUAUUAAUUAUUAUUUUUCGGUGAGGUCUAAACAUGAGGAUGUCUUGGGGAUGUUGUCAUGGAUUCAAGAAGCAUAAGGGCUCCUCGUCUAUGGUAGAAAACCUAAAGCCCACGUUACAAGAGAAAUAAUACUUGUUAUGCAAGUUUGGAUGUCACGCGGAGUGAAACUGCAAAUAUUGGUGAUAGCUAUCUGGCAAUUUUAAGGGAAAUCACUGAUAGUACAAGUCUCUCUGUUAAGAUAACAGGCUGUGGUGGUUACCCAACUAAACGUCUUGAUUUGGGACGAGAAAUAAUUCUUUGUCAUCGUUCAGGAACGGCACAUAAUCAGUCUGGGUUGAAUUUUCGCGAGAUGAUGUCUAUGCACCUGACAAGUUACGCUUUGGAAAAUGAAGGUGAAUUAUUCGGUUCCAAAGUGGACACCAACAAUAAUGCCUUCCUGCCAAGGCUAGCUUUAGAUACGACAAAGACAAUUGAGAAGAAUGAGUUUUCUGUUAAUGAAGACACUAUGAAGGUCGAUGAAAAAUCGGAAAGUUCCGUUCGAACGUCUAAUGGCAAAAAAGUACGUUUUUCUCAACCUUUGGAGUACUGGAAGGAGUUUGACUCUGAAACUGGAUGUUUGUUAGAUAAAGAUGAAAGCGUCAACUCGCAAAAGGGAAAUUCUUUUAAGAGAGAGGAUACUUGUAAAACCGAAACGUGCAAAUUAAAGGAUUCGAGUGUAAAGCGAGGGAAUGCAGAAAUACGCCGUGCCAGAUUCAGGGCAACGACGAUAUCCCAAGUUGUUCAAUCAUUCCGAUCAGACGAAGAAAGGAAUAGCGUUAGAAAAUUCAUAGCGCAUUACAAACGGUGCAGUGUUCGAGUCAGUCAGCAUUUCCAGAGCGCAAAGCAAAUGUGCUACAAGGAUAAUUCCAUUGAAAACGACCAUUUAAAGUUAGAGGACAGAUGCAGUGGUGAUAAUAGGAAUGCUACGUGUAACUUUUGCGGUAAAGACGCUCGUAAAACAUCAAGUACCAAAAGAAGUUUAAGCGAUGACGGCGAUGGACACUGUUGCGAAAUUCUUGGCUAUUUAAAGAGGCCAAGAAAAGCAGGAAAACUUCCUGAUGCUUGUAACGGAAGGAAGAUCUACGAUGAACGUUUGUUGCCGAGUGUUCACCCGAAAACGAGUCAUAAGUUACCGAAUAUUAGCUCAUCAAGAACUCAAUCAAAGUUUAUGACACAGGCUUCAGUAAAUACAUUACAAAAUACUAAUCCGUUACAAAGUACGCCACAGAUGUGCCAACUCUUUGAAUGAUUUAAAAUUUGUUGGGAUUAGAAUAUAAAUAUUUUGUUUUCGUUACUAGCACUUUGUUUAGGAUCGACUAUCUGCAAUUAUAAAUGAUAAUUCUGUCUAUUCCUUUUUACAAUUGAAUAAAAUUCGGCUGCAAGUAAUUAUGAAGUUUGUAAUGUUGCACAAUUAGACUAACCUUGGCUUUCCAUCGAAUUUUUUCCUCUUUUUAUGGAAAGUUACUAAUCCAAAUGUUUCUUUGAUUGUAACAAAAUAAAGCCCAUGGGACUCCUUUUAAUGGUGGGAUCUUUGAAGAAUUAUCGUUGAGAGUUGCCUAGAAUCUCACGAAAGAUACAGGUAGAUUAUUAAAAAAAAAACUAUUUAGAUUGCUCUGAACAAAAGAUAUAAGUAAAUUGUCCUGAAAAAAUAAAUAAGUACAUUGUUCUGAAAAAAUAUGAGAAGAUUGUUCUGGAUAGAUAUAAGGAUGAGGGGGAGGCCAGUAAAAUACGAGAAAUAUAUUGAGGUUUAUUACCGAAAGGAAAGAUCCAUACCUGCUUUUGUAUUGAUAGAAAAGUAAUAAGCCAAUCCCCUCGAUCUAGUGCUAACUUACUAAUCUUCCAUAAGAACCUUCUUAGUGUAGCGUACAGCUUUUAUUAAAAUAAGAGAAUAAAGAAGCUGAAGUUUUA